ACAUCCCAGGGACCAGCACCAGCUGUAAGGCCACGGGACCUUUGGGAAGUCCACACCAUGACCUGGACUCCACUCUUCCUCCUCCCCCUCCUCACCUACUGCCCAGGGACCAGUUCUGAGGCUGUGGUGACCCAGGAGCCCUCAAUGACUGUGUCCCCGGGAGAGACAGUCACUCUCACCUGUGCCUCCAGCUAUGGCGCAGUCAUCGAUAAACAUUAUCCAUGUUGGUUCCAGCAGAAGCCUGGCCAAUCCCCUAGGACAUUGAUUUAUGAUACACACAAUAAACCUUCCUGGACCCCUGCCCGAUUCUCAGGCUCCCUCCUUGGGGGCAAAGCUGUCCUGACCCUCACAGGGGCCCAGCCUGAGGAUGAGGCUGAGUACUACUGCUUCCUACAAUAUGGUGAUGGGAGUGUGUUCGGCGGCGGGACCCAGCUGACCGUCCUCGGUCAGCCCACAUCGGCACCCUCGGUCACGCUCUUCCCGCCCUCCUCUGAGGAACUCGCCGCCAGCAAGGCCACCCUGGUGUGCCUCAUCAGUGACUUCUACCCCAGGGGCGUGACGGUGGCCUGGAAGGCAGACGGCAGCCCCGUCACCCAGGGCGUGGAGACCACCAAGCCCUCCAGACAGAGCAACAACAAGUACGCGGCCAGCAGCUACCUGAGCCUGUCGCCUGACAAGUGGCAAUCUCACAGCAGCUUCAGCUGCCUGGUCACGCACGAGGGCAAAACCGUGGAGAAGAAGGUGGUCCCCUCACAGUGCUCUUAGGUCCCCGACACCCUCCCCCACCCAGCGGGGCCUGGAGCCACAGGACCUCCAGGACGAUCUUCCCUCCCCCCAGGGUCAUCCCAGCCCCUCUCCCUGCACCCCGUCAACACUCAAUAAAGUGUCCUUUAUUCAAUCAGAAA